AUGAAAUCCCACUUUUGCGUAACAACUCUCUUCGCACUCGCCGCCGCCCAGAAAGUUACCGUCCCAGCAGACCUAGCCCAAUCAUUCUCGAGCUCGGGUACAGAGGGGCUGCAAGUAAGCUUUGGCGGCGAUGCAUCCGAGGGCAUUACAGAUGGCCAAACUAUCAGCUUAAAUGACGCCCAAAGCCCUCCCACCUUCGCUCUUGGUGACAGCUCCGGCGUCAACCGCGCCAUCUCGUACACAAUCAUAAUGCUGGAUACCACUGAUAGAAAUGCGCGAAAAGUACAAUUUCUCCAAAAAGCUUUCAAAGCCACGGGUGACAAGACGAAGCUUGCAGCGGAAGGAGAGCCGUUUAUCCCAUACAAGCCACCAUCUUUCGGACAAGGCCCGCGCCAAUUCUCGUUCCUUCUCUAUCAACAGCGGGGACAGGAUCUAGCGCAAUUAAGUGGUGUGCCCAGCAGUGGUACUGGGCCGUUCGACCUUAAGAAGUUCGAAACUGCGAAUAAUCUACAGCCGCCACAGGUUGGUAUGGCUAUUACAAUGCUUGAUGAUGGGAAUGCUGAUGAGCCCCGAAAAGAUCAUCCAUUAUCAACGUCCGCACUACCAUUCGGACCAUUUUCUCCACAAGACAUUUCUUCAUCCCCCUUUGUUUCUGCAUUAAUACCUGUUUUGCCUACUGCCUCGUCUCCGAACACAAAAACUGCAGAUGACACAGUGGAAGUGUCGUUCCCCGCAUUUGCCUUCACUUCCGGAUCGCCUACCACUAUAUCUACGCCUUUACUUUCGCUGGCAACCUCUGACUCACAGCUGUUGACAGAACAAUCAACAAUCACACCAGCCUCCACUGUAUCAUCUUCCUUCCAGUCUGCCUCUCCAUCUGUUUCUCCGUCUGCCUCUCCGUCUGUUUCUCCGUCUGCCUCUCCUUCCGUCUCCGCAUCCACCUCUCCAGCUGCAAGACAAACGCGAACAAGCAUCGUAGUUGUGACGGCAAGCCCUACUAGCACUGCCACAAGCAGUUCUGGUGAACUUGUCGGAGCAGCUAGAGAGGCGGAUAAUGACCGUUCUGCUGGUGCUAGUUUGUACGGAUCUGCGUACGGAGCCAUGUUUCUGGAGAUAACUUUGCUAGUUACACAAGCGGGUCUGUACAUGCUGGUGCUGUAA